CACUCACUUUAAAGAACUGUCAGCUGUCAGUUAAUGUGAUGAAAGAAUGGAACCGUGAUGUUUUUUUGGGAAAGAAAAGCAAACAUUUUGUUUGUUCAACGUAUUUGCUUAUACGGAAAAUGAAGAUAUCCGUAAAUACAUACCAUUAUUAAAUCAAAAUUAAAAUAACUUCUGAUAGACAGUCCUAUUUUGUGAUAAAGUUUAAAUUACAACUGUGCCUACCAAAGUGUAAGUGAUCCUGGGUUAUAAAUAAAUGAGAAGGAUUGUCACCUGUUGUAUUAGAUCAAAAUGGCUGAUCCGUCCCGUCUCAUUCCCGAUGCCCCUGACCCCACACCACCCAUGCCAACUCCAAACGGCUCAAUCACAAUGAUUCUUCCGAAGGUCCGAUGUUCCUCAGACUCGACCACCAACGACAAUAGCAUGUCUAAAUCUAAACCAUUCGUAUCAUCAGAGUCUAAACUCUCCUUGCCUUCCAAUCUAGGGACCCCCACUUCCCCUUUAAGACUGUCGUCCCCUUUAUCGUUACCGGCGUCCCCUACGCCUUUUGUGAGGGUGACUGGGUCUCAACCCCCUCCAUCUACCAAGUCCUUGGGCGGGUCGCGACAGUCUUCAGCCAACACCUCCACGGAAGACGAAGCUAAGGAGCGACCGGUCCAGCCUUCCAUCAACACGGGGUCAGCUACAGGCAACCCUCGGAACAAGUGCGCUUUACAGCCGGGCCACAGCCUGAUGGACUGGAUCCGGCUCGGCAACUCGGGCAAGGACCUCACGGGCGUCGGCGGCCGGAUACGACCCGUGUCGCCCAGGGAACUCGCCGCACAUCAUACUAAGAAUGACGCGUGGCUCGCCAUCCGAGGCCGGGUCUACAACAUAACCCACUACCUACCGUUCCACCCUGGAGGUCAAGAAGAACUAAUGCGCGGAGCCGGCAUGGACGCGACGCAACUCUUCGACAAAGUGCACCCGUGGGUCAACUACGACUCGCUGCUAGCCAAGUGCCUGGUGGGCCCGCUGUGCGCCGACCGCCCCGACGCGGACGAGCUGUUCGGAGCCCCCGACCCCGCCCCCAAGCCCGACCGACUCAGAGAACCCUCCAAAGCGCAAGAACUAGUCAGAAAGUCCAUGGAGAACCUAGCCAAUUGCAUAACGCCGGUCAGAAAGAAAAUAUCGGCGAAAAGCGAAGAUAACGUUAAGACGGCGAAUCCUAGUAAAAUAAUGCAGAGUUUGAUAAUGUCCAGUGAUUUACCUGUAUCGAUAAGUAGGCGAGCUGGGUCUAGCCCGGUACGCAGUAAGAGUACGAGCGGGGACGACACGCCUUCGCCGCUGCGGUUCGACUGGAUCCAGACGUCGGUGAAGCUGACUUUGUCGGUGUACACGGGCGCUCUGGCCAACCCCGGGGCGUGCGCGCGGCUGGCGGGCGGCGCGCUGCUGGUGGAGGUGGCUACCAAUGGCUGGCUCCGGGUGCUGACGGUCGAGCCCGAGGCCAAGCUGAAGGGACCCCUGCAGAUCAAAGUGUACGCGGAAAGCGGGAAAGUCGAGGUGACAGCCCAAAAAGCAUCCCCAUCUAUCUGGAAAGACAUCGGGCCUGCGACUGCCCUCCCCGCGACCCGCGUGACCGCCCCGCGGGCGCUGCCGUGCCGCCUGCGCGCUGCCGCGCCGGUCAGCCACGACACCGCCCUGCUGACCCUGGAGCCCGAGCCAGGGCCGGUGGCCGUGCCGCUGGGGCAUCAUGUGAAGAUACACUGUCUUGUUAAUGGUGAAGAGUGCGUGCGGUCCUACACGCCGGUGGGCGAGGGCUGGUCCCCCGCGGGCGGGGGCGAGGCGGGGGGCGCGGGGGGCGGCAUCAGGCUGGCAGUCAAGCGGUACGCGGAGGGCGGCCUGUCGCACCAUCUCACGACUCUGGCCGUCGAUGACGUCAUCACCAUGUCCGGGCCCUACGGAGGGUUUCAGUUGCAGAAGUUGCGCGGCGUGACUACCCUGCACCUGGUGGCGGCUGGCACGGGCGUGACUCCCAUGCUGGCGCUGCUGCGGUUCACGCUCGCUAGGAGUAACCCCAGGUGUGAAAAAGUCAAUCUGCUGUUUUUCAACAAGAAAGAAGAAGACAUUUUGUUCCGAGAGAAGUUUGAUGAAAUUGCGAAAGCAGACAGCAGAUUCAAACCAACCUACAUACUAUCGGAGCCGUCACCAUCUUGGACGGGCCACUCCGGUCGCAUCACCACGGACCUCAUCACCGAAGUACUAGGGAACAGUACCAAGUGUGAAGACUCCUGCGACCACUUCGCGUGUCUGUGUGGGCCCACUGAGUUCACUAAUACGGGUGUUCAGAUGCUGACCGCGUUGGGAAUGCGCGAGAAUUGCAUACACGCUUUCAUGGGGUAAAAUGUGUGCUAGAGCGCUUUGAACAUCGUAAGGUUUUCGGUAAAUCAACAAUUAAAUUAAUAACAGACACGGAUUAAUUUAAGUGGUGGAAAUAAGAUACUGAGCGGAGCAAAAUUAUCUUUAUAAACCAGGCAAAUAAUUUAAAAUUUUACCAAUAUGGGGCAGAAUUCCUACCUUAUAACAAUAUAUACCAAGACGCGGAAUUAAGGUAUUGUACUUACCCUAAAUUGAUGAGAGGGUUAUAAAAUAACAUAGCUAGUUUUAUUUGGGAUUAUCUAUUUUUGGAUUGGGUUCAUUCAUAUAUUAGGAAUAAAUAGGUAAGUAUCUACGUAUAAUGUGUGUGUACAGUUAAAUUAAUGAGGCGCCAGAUUGCAAAGCCAAGAAGAGUGAGACAAUUAUAUUGUACUUU